AACGUCAAUAUAUCAUUUUGUUAAUUUGCAGUUUGCCUUUAGUUUUUAUUUGUACCCGUCUUGCUUUUCUAGCGUUGUGAUAACGAGAUGUCCGGAGAUGCAUCAGGGACUUAUUCCUUCGACCGGAUCCUGAAUUUCCGUGAUGUGGGAAAGACGACCAACCAGUAUACUGGCAAGAGACUAGUAGCUGAGGGCCGCUUGUUUCGAUCCGCCAGGCUUGACGACGCAUCCGUUUCUGACCGCGAUGCGCUUCGACACGAUAUCGGAAUCAAGACGGUCAUGGACCUGCGAACAAAGUCAGAGCAUGUUAAGCAGGCCAAGAAGCGCGAGGGAGACCUCAAAAUACUGGUAUUGGUGAAAUCUAACGAUGCAUUGGCGAAACCAAUGGAGAUUCCUGGGUUGGGGUACUGCAAUAUCAAUAUCAAUGGAAAGGGCUUCGAGCGGACGCUCUUGUGGAGACUGUCUUUUUGGAAUAUUUUCAAGGUUCUAAUCCUCAUGCUCUUCGGCUACCGCAUGGAAGCCAUCAGCAUUCUCGGCCGCGAAGUCAUGAAACCCCGCGGCCUCAUCGGACUCGGAUACGAUACCAUCGACUACUGCGGCGCCGAACUAGCCACAGCCUUCCGCGAAUUCGCAUCCUCCCCGCGCUACCCCAUCCUCGUGCACUGCACCCAAGGCAAAGACCGGACAGGGCUGAUCAUCUGCCUGCUCCUGCUGCUGCUCGAUGUCCCCAUCGACGCCGUGACGUACGACUACACGCUGAGUGAAGCGGGCUUGCUCCCGGAGAAGGAGGAGAGGAUGGUGGAGAUUAGGGAGAUCGGGCUGACGGAGGAGUUUGCGAGUGCGCCGAGGGAGUGGAUUGGGAAGAUGAAUGAGUAUCUGGGGGAGAAGUAUGGGGGGACGAGGGAAUAUCUUGAGGGUAUUGGGGUUGAUGGGGGGGUGCAGGCGAGGAUUAUUGAGGCGCUGUUGGGUUGAUUGGCCUGGAUUCGAUUCGUUUGUUAGAUAUUUAAAAGAGCCUGUCAGUCACCAUCUCUAACGCGUUGCGUCUCACCUCCAGUUUCCCAUCUCCAGUCUCUCACCUCCAGUCUCUCACCUCCAAUCUCUCAUCUCCAACCUCUCAUCUCCAAUCUCUCAUGUCCAGUCCCAUAUGUCCAGUCCCUCACCUUCCAUGGCUGGGAUCCACCUUACAAAGAGGCGGGUUUGAACCGCUAUCCCCGCUAUUCGAGCCUCUCAUCCCCGUCAAUUCCUCGUCAAUUCACCGUCAAUUCCCCGUCAACUCCCCGAACCGAAGCGUUAUCUCCAUCCUCUUGGCCGAAAUCACGGAAUCGUUGGAGUUCCCUCUUUUAUCCUAUCCCUUCCCAAACACUGACGUAUACGGAGGACUAACCAUGCUUACCGUAGGAUGAAACGAUCAUACGUACCUUGUAAUAUCAAUUUACAGCUACAGAACCACAAGCG